AUGUCACAAGGGCCCCUAACAGCCUGGCUGCUUCAAAGCUCCCCCGAAUCUCUCACCCGCGCAACAACCCACCCUUUCCUCGCUGCCGCCGGCCGCGGAACCCUCCCUAAAUCAAUCCUAUCCCAAUGGCUCUCCCAAGACAGACUCUACGCGCAAUCUUACAUCCGCUUCAUGGGCCAACUCCUCACAAAGAUCCGCCUCGACUCUCGCUCCUCGAACCCGAAUGCUGUUACCGCCUCAACAGCGGAUCAACAAGCCGUCGAUGUCAUCAUCGAUGCCCUCGUGAACAUCCGGACAGAACUACGCUUCUUCGAGUCCACAGCGCGGGAAUACGGUCUUGAUCUCUCUGCCAUCUCGGCCGAGGAAGGCGGACUCGGUCUAGCCGGGAACGGAUCCGGAUGUAUCACCACCUCCGCUGGGAUCUCGACUACAGGCUCAGGAUCUUGUCCGGGCUUUACCGGAGCUGCGGGCCCACUGGGUGGUAAAGUGAUGGGGGACAGCAAGACUGGUGGAUCCGGGAUAAGUAAAGAAGAAAUGGAUCCCCCUGUUUCGACCAUCGAAUCUGGAGAGCUGGAUUCUGGCGACAGUGUCCUCCACCGUCAAUGUGGUGCUCAGGGUGAAUGUCAGAUGCAGGCUGGUGGUGAUGUUUGUCACCCGCCUUCGCCCGCGUCUUGUGCCAAUGCCAAGAAUAAGUCUUCUGCUGGCUCUAAGCCUGAAGGUCAGCCUGUUAUGCCUUCUGGUGGUGGGCGUCCUGCGUCUAAGACGCCGCUUGACCGGGGUGGACCUGUUUUCUUUGCUGCGACUCGUAUUACCCGCGCGUAUAUUGAUAUGUUCAUGUCUGCGGGAAGUGCAGGAGUUCCUGUUAUUGAGGGGUUGACUGUUCUGUGGGCGACUGAGGUUUGUUACUUGCGGGCUUGGAAGUAUGCUGCGGCGUUCUUGAAGGAGAGAAUUGAGAAGGAAGAUGGGUCUGGGUCUGGGUCCGAUGAUGCAGAUGGGGGUGCGUUGAGGGAGAAGUUUAUUCCUAAUUGGUCUAGUGAUGAGUUUGAGGCUUUUGUUGAUCAGAUUGGUGAGGUUUUGAAUGUUUUGGCUAGUCAGUGUAAGGGGGCUGAGGAGUGCGAGAUGAUGCGUGGAAGGUGUUUGGAGUGGUGGAGGCAGGUUGUUUGGUUAGAGGAGCGGUUCUGGCCUGCGAUGGAGUAA